GAACUAUUAAGAUGGCGUAGGAAAUAAAAGUAGAUAAUUUGAGUGUUUUGGUGAAAGAAACGAGGAAAUGUUUUCGUUGUAAGUGAUGGUAUAUAAGGGCGUUGUUUUUUUAAACAUGUAGUCAUAUUUUUGGGCCGAUUUUCCAUGGCAGAAGUUAAAUUUCGAAAGUGAAACUGCGGCGUUGCGUAUAAAAAACUAGUUAAACUACCAGCUGGAGCAAACUGGAGGUGUUGAAAAUGGUGGAAAUGUAUGCUUGGGGAAGAGCAGAUUCCGGUCAGCUUGCUUUGGGAGAGACGGAGGACGAGCAUGUUCAUUUGCCGUUGCGUGUACCGUAUUACGAGGGGUUUACAUCCAAAGUAGUUGACGUUGCAUGUGGGUCUCAGCAUACGGUAUUCCUGACAGACGAUGGUAUGGUAUACACCUGUGGUAGCAAUGAUUCUGGACAACUUGGUCAUGGUAAAGUCUGCAGGAAACCAGAAAGGAUCGAUUCUAUCGAGACAAUGACCAUAAAACAAGUGGCUUGUGGUCAGGACUUUACGCUGGCGUUGAGUGACAAAGGCAAGGUUCUCAGUUGGGGAAAUAACAGGAAAGGACAACUAGGACAUACUCUUCGUGACAUCAUACAUCGACCAAGGACAAUCAAGCAUUUUAGUGAAAUUCGUGUGACGCAAGUUUGUUGUGGAACACACCAUUCCUUGGCCUUGGUUGAAGAUGGCAGACUAUUUAGCUGGGGUGAUAAUUCCCAUGGUCAACUUGGUACAGGUCAGAUGUCCCCAUCAUCAUCCCCAAUUAUCCCUUGUUUGGUGGACGCGCUCACUGGCGUACCAUUGGUUGAGAUAUCUGCUGGCGGAUAUCACAGCAUGACUCUUAGCAUAUCUGGAGCUGUCAUUGGCUGGGGAAAAAACGAUUCUGGCCAACUUGGACUGGAUAAUGGAACAGAUCAAUGGCUUCCAGUGCAAAUAGAGUUGGUCAGAUCUCAGAGAGUGAAACAUAUUGCUUGUGGUGAGGAUCACACAGCACUUCUUACUGAGGACGGAGGUGUUUUCACAUUUGGUUCUGGAACGAAUGGCCAGCUCGGACAUAACUCAAAUUCACAUCAAAAUCAGCCGAAGAAGGUUGUUGAACUAAUGGGUACAUUAAUCACACAGAUAGUUUGUGGAAGGCGACAUACGGUAGCGUUUGCGCCUCAGUCAGGUCGUGUCUACUCAUUUGGUCUUGGUGCAUAUGGUCAGCUAGGCUCUGGUGGAACGAACAGCUGCAACAGUCCUGUGGUCGCAGAUGGUCCAUGGACAACCCCAAUUAUUAGGGUAGUUGCUGGUGGGGAUCAUUGUUUUGUUUUAACUGCAAACACCGAUGCUGGCACGAAAGAUAUGCGCAUGAUUAAUCUUCGCUUGUCGAUCAUACAUCAUACUGUAGUUGAGGAAAUUGAAGAGAGGAUCAGGAAUCGAAGUAGUAUUUCCAGCGAACAUGGAAGGAAACUCGAAGCAAUAUUUUCAAAUCAACAGUGUCUAAACAGCUGCUUCUUCAACAGAAGGAAAAAUUUGGUCGCAGACAAUCACAAUCAUGCGGUGGACCUUAGUGCUGCGAGAAGAUUUUUCCAAGCCUUGGCAAGUCACCCCCAAGUCAAUGAAAUGGUUUUGAACGCUUUGGAGAAGCAUCUUAUACCAUCUCUCCGUGGAGAACCGAUGGAUGUCGAUUGUUUACGAUUAUACGUCAUCUUACCAGAGUACGAGAUGUUUCGCGCUGCCGAACGCUAUAAAACGUUGGCAGUACCGCUGGCUAAGAAAUUACUGUCGCUUCAUCAGAAGUAUAGAAUCAUUAUAGGUAAUUGGUGGGCUAAACUACCGUCAACGUAUAUUGAAAGAAUCAUAAAGAUUUUUCAAGAAUGCGUUAAAUUUAUAUUAGAACAACAAAUUGAUCAACGGGACAGCCAGGAGUUCACAGUACGAGAAGAAUGUCUCAGGUGCAGUCUGGAAAUUUUAGAAGGCGUUCACAAGGUUAAUCAGCGUGCCGAAAACUCGGUUCCAUAUCCCGUGUUUUAUAUCCCAGAGCUGACAGAUUGUCUCGAUCUAAGGAGCGAUUACUUGAGAUGGGUUCAAAAUGUGAGCACAACGGACAAUAAAAUUAGUGAAAAGACGACACUCUCCUUUUGUAAAUAUCCUUUCGUGUUCGACCCGAAAGCAAAGUAUCUUCUCCUACAAAUCGAUGCCUCAAUGCAGAUGCAGAUGGCAUUUCGAGAUGCCCACCAGGCAAACAUUGGCAAUCUUCUGUUUAACGGAGGUGUGCUUCCUCAGAACGCGAUUAUUAAUCCUUUCCUUGUACUUCGUGUAAGGCGAGAGAAUAUCGUCCAGGAUACGCUGAGUCAGGUGAUCAGGCUUGGACCCAUGGAAUAUAAGAAACCACUGCAGAUCGUCUUCCAAGGUGAACAAGCAGUUGAUGCAGGUGGGGUUAAAAAGGAAUUUUUUCUUCUGUUAAUGCGAGAUAUUCUCGAUCCAAAAUACGGCAUGUUUAAAACGAUCGAGGAAAACCGCCUGAUCUGGUUCAACAAACAGUCUUUUGAAGAAGAAAUGAUGUUCCUUCUCAUCGGAGUCAUUUGUGGCUUGGCCAUUUAUAAUUCCAUCAUAAUCGACCUUCCAUUUCCCGCCUUGCUGUACAACAAACUCUUAAAAAGGCCAAUAACGUUGGACGAUUUUCGUACAUUUCAGCCGUCCGUUGCCAGAAACCUUCAACAGUUGCUUGAUUACCCUGAAGAAGAAGUGGAAAGCGCGUUUUGUCUCAAUUUUCAAGUAAACGAGGAAUAUUACGGUGUUAUCAGCGCGGAGAAUUUGAUCCCGGAUGGGGAAAAUGUGCCUGUUACUGGACAGAACAGAGACCGUUACGUUGAUGCGUACAUAGAUUACAUCGUCAAUAAAUCCGUCGAGAAGCACUUCAUAGCUUUCUCGAAUGGUUUCCAUCGCGUUUGUGGUGGACGAGUUUUGGAAUUUUUCCACCCGCAAGAACUGAUGGAAAUGGUCGUAGGGAUACAAGAUUACGACUUCAAUGAAUUAAAAGAGGGUGCAGAAUAUCUGGGCGAGUAUUACUCCAAUCAUCCUGUAAUAAAGAAUUUCUGGGAUGUAUUUAACGAUUUUGAGAUUGCAUACAAGAAGAAAUUUCUUGUUUUUCUUACGGGAACCGAUCGUGUGCCUUUGACAGGAAUACGGAGCUUAAAUAUAAAGAUUCAGCCUGUUUCAGGCGGUGUUAACAACGAGCACCUUCCUGUAGCGCACACGUGUUUCAACUUGCUGGAUUUACCGCGUUAUCCAACCCAAGAAAUGAUGAGGCAAAAACUGGAGCAAGCAAUCAGCUUCUCCUCUGGUUUUGGAUUAGCGUAAUAUCUCAGGAUUAACUGGUAGUACUAAUCCCAAAAUAAAGCUGGAUGCAGCGCUCGCGCAUUUGGAUUGUUUGUAGGGAGGGAAAAUUUGCGGCAUUUGAGCCACUGUUAAUAGACACUUAAAAUGGAUACUGUGCAGGUGAGACUGUCGAAAUAAACGACGCAAAAGUUUAGAAUUAGAUCAAUUAUUAGCACAAAAUUUGAGAGGAUUUCGAAUGGUCAGGUUUGUGCAAAUUUUCAAAAUGUCAGAGUCAAAUUCUCUCUUCGAAACUGUGAGACUGAGAAAUUUGAUCUGACCAUGAAAUGGUUAAAAAUGUUAAAGGCAAUUCCAGAGCAUCUUGUAUGCCACAUAAUCAAUGAAUUUGUGAUAUAUUUAUUCUUAUUUUAUUUUUGCAAUUUGUGACCCAAUGACUUGUAUGUAAUGAAGUUGUAUAAAUCAGUGUGUGUAGUGUAUUGAAAAG